UACCAGAAUACGCCCGGGCCCGACGUCACAGCUACCUUGAAAUAAAGUCGAGUAGGUACUCGAAUACUUGGAUAAUAAAUUGUACUUGAUUACCGAUUAUUAUUUGCCACAGUUUGACUUUCGAAUUUUUAAGUAUCAGAAUAGUUUCAGUAUACUGAAUGGCAAUAUACUUUAUACUCACAACAUAGUUGGCAAUAAGCGAUUUAACACUUCUGAUUAAGUUGAAUAGUCUGUUUUUGAAGGAGUCAACCUCAAAGCUCAAAGGUGAUAUCAGUUUAGUUGGAGUUUGGACAUCCACAAAGUAUUAAUCGUGACAUAAGUUUUAUUCUACACAAUAUUCAUUAUGAAUUUGAAGUUCUGUGCCAAUUUAUCAUUCAUGUACCAAGAAACAAAUUGUCUUUUGGAGAGAUACAGUUUGGCGGCUAAAUCGGGAUUUACAUCUGUCGAAUGCGCAUUUCCAUACUCAGAAACUUUGGAAAAAUUAGUGCAAGCAAAAACAAAUGCUAAUGUACAACAAAUCUUGAUAAACGCACCUAGAGGCGAAGCCCAUGAACUAGGUUUUGCAGCGAUUCCAAGUAUGGAGGAUAGUUUUCGUUCAUCUAUUGACUUGGCUGUAUCUUAUGCAAAUGCAUUGAACUGUUCCAAGAUUCAUGUGAUGGCAGGCAUAGUUGUUCAACCAACAAAAGUCAAUCAUGAGGCUUAUGAAAAAAAUUUAACUUGUGCUGCACAAAUCUUUGAAACUAAAGGUAUUAUGGGUUUAAUUGAGCCAAUUAAUAAAUAUUCUGCUCCAGGGUAUUAUUUAAAUACAUAUGAACGAGCAAUUGAUGUUCUGAACAAAAUAAAUAGCCCUAACUUGAAGCUACAGUUAGAUAUAUUCCAUUUACAACAGAUCAAAGGAGACCUAACAAAUAACAUUAAGAGUUUGUUACCUCAUGUAGGGCACAUUCAAUUAGCUCAAGUUCCUGCUCGUAACGAACCAAGUACACCAGGUGAAAUAGAUUAUAAUUAUAUUUUUCAACUUUUAGAAGAACUUAACUACAGUGAAUGGAUUGGUUUAGAAUAUAACCCUAAAGGUGAUACGGACAAAGGCUUAUCGUGGCUAAGGGAUAUAAAAAGAACAGUAACAUUUUGAUGAGAAAUAUUUAAAAAUAGCAUAUUUACACCAGUCUUUCCAAGGUUGACACUCUCCAACAAACCAUUUUCAGUCGUUUUGAUGUGAUGCAGGAACAAUAAAACCGUGUAGAAAAAAUUAUUACGACCCUGAAACAAUGAUGAAAAUGUAUAGAAUUUCUAUUUUUUUACUUAUUAUAUUUAACAUUGUUAAAAACUCUCGUGUUAUCAAAUCAAUUAUUGAGCUUAAACUAAUGUAUAUUUAUAAUAUAUUAUGUUAAUAAAAUGUAUUACCUUUGGAAA